AUGCCGAAACAGCAAAUUAGACAGGCCGAGUUGAGAUACGACAACACUUCUGCGUCGCGACACCACUCAGCAAAUCCUCUCACACUAUGGCUUCGCGUACCUCUGCCAUGGUAUACCUCGGCCACGUUUGCUCAGUUCCUCGACGAGACGCCACUGAGCAUCAAGCGCAGCUUCACCUCGCCGUAUACACCGAAUAGCCGUCGUGAGUUCUGCGGAUACUGUGGUACACAGCUCACGUCGUGGAACGAGCGAACACGCGAUGAGGCCGACCACAUCUCCCUGACGGUCGGCAGCUUGCUGGACGAGGACCAGGAGAUGCUGGGUGAACUCGGCUUCCUGCCCAGCAGCAGCGAGAGCAGCGACGACGAAGCGUCUACCGUUAGACCCGCACCCUCGAGUCACUCGCGUUCAGUCGCUCGCUCAGAACCACAAUCGCGGGGCGCGCCUUGGUUCGAAGAGAUUGUGAGAAACACUCGCUUGGGCCGCUUCAAGCAUCAGCGCGGUGGACACUCGGAGAGCGGCGUGCACGUCGAGUGGGAAGUCACUGAGUGGACUGAAGGCGACGACGUCAACGACGAGGGCAGCGCUACGCCUAGCAAGCGGAAGAUUGGCGACGUUGACGAUGCCGACGAUGCCGACGAUGCCGAGAUGCGCAGCGCGUAA